UUAUUUUGUCUCCAGCGUCCUUGUCGACGGUUAAACGCAAUUUUACAUCUCAGAAGAAUGGCUAAAAAGGACAAAAUUGGAAGAUCCAUUCUUGCUUCUUUUAUAGCUUCCUUUGGAUCGAUAAGCUUUGGUUAUUGUAUGGGAUAUUCCUCAUCUGCGUUGGUGGAUUUGACAAGUCCCGACACAAAUUCUGCCAUUCGUUUGACCAGUGCACAGGGAUCCUGGUUUUCCGUGAGUAAAUUGUAGUUUAAUUGUUUUCAGUGUGCAAAUGAGUAAUACGAAAAGUUGUUCAUCUGAAAAAAAAAAACCUAAGUAAGACAUAGAACUAGAAAUAGUUCACACUAAAGCUGCCCCCGUUCUGUAUAUUUUCGGUCAAUAGUAUUUUUGCUAGUUGUGUAGCUCUUUGAAAUAUACCGAUUCAUAAUGAAGAUUUUCACACAUAUUCCAUACAAUAGGUGAGAUAAAUACAGGAAACGCAAGGUUCCAUGCACAGUUUCAGCUCGAUUUACACAGCUUUAAUGCUUUGAUCAAAACAUUCUCAGUUUCGAGAAUAGUUUAUUCUACACCAUAAGAAAAGAUUUAAUUAGAAGUUGAAUUUUUUGCUAUUUCUCUUCCCCUUUUUACAUUCAGUUCACGGAAAGUGAGCCUUACAAAUUAAAAGGACGUUUGAUCGAUUCACGGUAGCGCAUUCUAGUCUUAUUUGAAACUUCAUAACGGAAAGACAUCUGUGAGCAGGGAAUAAGUCAGCACAGAAUUUGAUUGUCGGCAAAUUUCUGUAAAUGUCCAUCAACCUGCUAGUGAUAAGCUAGCCGUGAGCCGGUCAAAGAGAGAGAAAGAGUGUCUGGCAAGGUUUCCAAUAUAAAUCAAAGAUUUGUGAACUCGUGUCUGGCAAACUCUCCAAGUGUUUAUAUAUCUACAGAGUUAAACGCACCUUAUAACCUCCCCUGCGCUUAACGAGUGUCUUUUGGUCCAUAACUUUCAAAACAACUGCUCCACAGAAUGUCACUGCGUAACGCAAAAGAGUAUCGAAGUAUGACUGCACAAUAAAUGUCACAAAAUCUACCUGAGCGGUCCCUUCGGGAUUUUCUGUCUUUACGUCAUCCUAACCAUUUCGUACUUGCGGGCGCAAACAAUAGAAACGUCAUCAUUACCUACCGAUUCCUCGCGGCCCCAGCUCGAGCAAAUCGAGAUUUUUUCUAGUAUACUGACUGUAUAUUUGAACUGUAAGUACUGUCUUUAAUAUACGCGCGAGUUACUAGGGUGCCUCCUCGGGAUUUCGCCUCUGGGCGAAAUCCCUGCGGGGACAAUAAGACUUUGGAUCUACAAGCUGUCACGUGAUUUGCUGUUCCUUUUAGUUCUUUGCGUUGCAUGAUCUGGGAUAGCGUUUUCAACUGUUUCCCUUUCAUUACCUUUGGAAUUCCGGUUGCCGACUUAAGCCGGGUUCAAACCUCGAAAUUUACAUGUGCCGAACCUAAUUAUUAGACACUUUUGUAUUUGGGUAUACGUAGACUCUUGUCGAAUAGAACGGCAAAAGAUCGACUUCGACUCAUACGUCGCACUUUGCAUGUGCCGAUUCCCUGCUAGCAGGGGUCUGACUCUCACGACGCAUGUAAUUCAUAAAUUAUGUUAACGAAUUUUUAAAAAAUAACAGCGCCUCUGAUUGGCUAUAUAGUGGGUUUUCGCUCCUGUGCGGACAUAACUCACAGCGUAUUGUAUUUUGAAAUUUAUGGCGUUACUUUAUUUUGUCCAAUUGUCACUAUGAUCACGAUCUCCUUGCCACAACAGAACACAAAUCGCACUAAAAUCAAAACAAGAAUUUUCAGGUUUUGUGAAUUUUACUUUUUUCAGUCUAUUUCCCUAUUUUGGCAGUAAGGAUGAUAUUUGUUUUGGCCACGAAUUAGGUUUGGCACAGGUAAAUUUCCACCGUUUAAACCAACAGUCGAGCUUUUAUAGUUUGGGUCGACCUGAAUAGGUAUUAGGAUCCAUUAUUAGAUUCGGCACAUAUAAAAUUGGACGUUUGAACCGGGCCUAAUUGUCACCGAAGUAGAGAAUUUUGUUGGAAUCAAUGCUCCAUGGGGACCAUGGGGACAAGUUUAAUCUGACAGAGCCGCGUUCUUUCUUUACUGAUCAAAAGCGAAUUAAGUAUCGAGCGCAUUCAGCGCAGCAUCUCUAAUGCCGAAUCUUUUGCAUGUUCAAUGCUUGAAUAAUAUGAAUAAAUAUAACCGGGGUGAAAUAUUAAAACUUUCAUAGAAUUAAAAAAUGAGGAAAAAGGUUUUUUUUUUCCAUAACGAACUGAACCUAACUGAACACAACACAAGUUUGUAGGACGUGUGCAUGGUAUAAAUAUGGAUUUUUUCUUCAUCGUUCCACGGCUCAUCCACGGAAGUGUUAUAAAGAUGAUUACACGCACCGUUUAAGGGCACCCAACGGCUGUUUCUGUAAAAAAAAAAAAAAAAAACCCAAACAAACCCCUUUUUCUUUCCAUUUUUGCAGUCUUUGGUAGCAGUCGGUGCCAUUUUUGGAUGUCCCAUAGGUGGAUGGGCGAUUGAUAAGUUUGGUCGCAAGAGGACCUUACUCCUCUGUUCUGUUCCCUUUGAACUUGGAUGGCUUCUGAUUAGCUUUGCGCAGAAUCGGGCUAUGUUGUACUCUGGUCGCAUCAGUACGGGCUUAGCUUGUGGCAUUGUUUCACUUGCUACUCCGGUAAGCUUUUUUUUUUCUUUUUUUUAAAUACCGUAAAAUUCCGAAAAUAAGCCCCUCCAAAUAUAAGCCCUUCAAACCGGUAACGCAAAAAACCCUCGGUUAAAUCGCCCCUCCAAAUAUAAGCCCCCUGGGGGCUUCGGAAAAUUGCCCUCAAAUACAAAGUAAAACAAAGCAAAAACGUUAAAUUUACUUCCAACUAUGAGGCUAGCCCAAUCCAUUUCGAAACGCAAAUUUCCUUCCGUAGAUAAGCCCCUCCGAAUAUAUAUAGGCCCCUCCAAAAAUAAGCCCCUCAAAAAGGGCCUUUGAAAAAUAUAAGCCCAGGGGCUCAUUUUCGGAAUUUUACGGUAAGUGACUGAAAGUGGAAAAUAGGGGAUUCCAGAGUGGGUGGGAAAAGUGGGAGACUUAAUUUUUUUAACCCCCUAGAAUCAUAACCCGGGGUUCUAAUUUUAAAAAAAAUGCUGAAAAUGUCUAAAAAGUUGCUCAAUAUUUGCCCAAAAUACCAAUAUAUUCACGUUGCUUUUCAUAUUUUUCUCAAGAAAUUUUUUUAUUAAAGAAUCCCUCUUCACUGUUCCUUGACUCCUGAUCCUAACCCUGGGACGCCCCCCCACCCACCCCCCUUGUACCUCGCCUGCUAAAAUGAGUUUAAGACACAUUACGACCGGAUUGCUAUUCUGAGUGAAAAGGAAAGCAUUGCUUAUAUAAAGCUUGCAGCCUAGCAUAGUGCCUCUGUGGCCUUAAUUACCAACCCUGACCAGUGGGUUUGAGAUUAUAUCAUUCUUCUCAUUUUGCUAUCCCGUUCAAGAGGACAGCAUUUCCCUCUUUCAAUUGAAUGUAUCGUUUUAUUUUUAAACACGCACAAAAAACGUAGCCUUUUAGGCAGACUUCGAAAUAUGGUCGCUCACUUGUUAAGCGUGAUAUCCCACUUUCUUAAGGAAAAAAAGGAAUUCCAUGCCCGUUCAGGCCACUGGGACCAGCCCUCCUCCCAGGGGCUCUUAACUGUGAAAUUCUGUUUCUGUAAAGGUAUACAUCGCCGAGAUUGCACACCCAAGAAAACGUGGCAUGCUGGGUUCUAUUGGCACACUGGCGAUCGUUAUCGGCUUUGUAAUAUCCUAUCUGGCAGGUGUCCUCUGCCAAUGGAACUUACUGGCCUUUAUCGGCGGAGUUUUCCCGGCCCUCCUCGUUACAUUUUUGUACUUUAUGCCAGAGACCCCGUUAUGGUUACUAAGGAAGAAAAAACGAACAGAAGCAUUAGAGUCUCUCGUUUGGUUACGGGGCACUGACGGCGAUACUGAAGAGGAAUGCUUCAACGUUGAGUCAACUAUUGGUACGAGGGUCCUUUUUUUACAAGUAUGAGUACCGACGCACAAGCGAUUUCAUGCUCCCAAUACCUAAGAUUAGAUUAGAGAGAAUCAGUCCAAUUUAAUUUAAUUUUAAGAUGCUCCUUCCAGAAGGUUCAAUCCAGCAUUUUUUUACUUCUCUUUUUAGCGUUAAACGUAUUCUGCGUAUUUGCAUCCAUUUACCAUCGUUCCGGUAGGGUGCAUUUAAUAAGGGAUAUGGUUGCCAGAAUUUUAUAGCGAUCGCGUCGUCCACACUUUUAAUCAAAUAAUUCCUUCAGUUUUAUUUUCUUGGUGGAAGCCUAGCUCAUAGAUGCAUCAAUUUCCAUAAAAACCGUGUCUGUCUCCUUCAGAUUGGCGCCAAAAGAGGCCGCGCGUGCUUUUUAGGUGAUGGAUUUCCACUGUCGCGUUAUUUCAGUCCGUUUGUACACACGUUUAUACUACUACUUGAGAAAUUUGUGCUAUUUGAUUGGCUUAGAGCAGUGGUAUUUUAGCUUAAUUUGAAAUACCUACAUGUGAAAAUUACAAACCUUUUGUGGGGAGUAGUAUAAACAACUAAUAGCAUGAUCUGUACGUGAUAUUUGGCAUAAAUACCACCAGUGAUAUUUCGAAAUUGUCUCAAAAUUACGUAUAACAAUUAAGAAAUAUCACUCGUUGUAUUUAUGCCAAAUAUCACUGCAAAUCAUGCUAUUACCGAUACAAAUUUUAUGCGCGUAAAUAUAAUAGAAGGUCGCUCGUAAACGCAUGCGCAAGAGUUGAGCGAGGUUCAACUUUUACGUGUACGCGCGACCUACCGAUUUACGUGGCUGCGUACGCACGGAAAAAUUACGCGACAGGGGAAAUCCACCCUUAAGUUGAAUAUGUUACUUAACGCGCAAUUAUGCAAUUCCUCAAGUCUACGCAAAAUCAUUCUCUCUUUUUACCUUCACCGAUCAUCUGAUUUUGGCAGAGACUAACAGAUUUAAUUUCAAAUAUUGAGUAUAUUAAUAGAAUAUCUGGCGAUACGGGUGACCUGGCUUGAAUGUAAUAAAUCACAGCAAAAUUUAUCACGAACAGCAAAGGGAUAGAAAUCAUAUUAGAGAUUAUUUAUAAAGCACUGACUUUAAAUCAAAGUAUCUUUUUGGGAGAGGGAGUGGUAGAAAAUCUUCGCAUUUUGUUCAUCGCUUUUUUCAGCAUUCCUUUUUCCUCUUUCUUUUCUUUUCGGCGCUGCAUUAAUUGAAAGGAUGAUCAAACGAUAUAACGAUACGCCGGAAAAUUAAGACCACACAAAAAAUAUCCCUUUUUAAAAUCAAGAGUAAAAUGCAUGCACGCACUAAAGAGGUCACUAAAUGAAGUAAAAUGCAUGGCUUGAACUCAUGUUUUCUGAUUUUAUAUACAUGUAUUUUCUAUUUGCAGAUCAUGAAAAAAAGCUUUCGCUGCAAGAUUGGUUAUCACCUGUGAUAGCAAAGCCUUUAAUAAUUAGCAUUGGACUAAUGAUUUUCCAACAGCUAUCUGGGGUCGCUGCUGUGGUAUUUAAUACUGCAAGUAUCUUUACAGUUGCAGGCUUUUCAGACGGCAAACUUGUUAGCAUUUCAGUUGCAUUGGUCCAGCUUUUAGGUUGCACUUUGGCAUGUUUAGCGAUUGACAAAACGGGACGACGGAUCCUUCUGUUAACAAUGUCAAUUGCUAUGUCCUGUACUCUUUUUGGCCUUGGUACAUAUUUUGAAAUCUACAUACCACCAACCGGUGCAAACUCUUCUCUUGACGUAACCUCCCUCUUGGGUCCCAUCAGCCAUUCAGUUCCCGCUUCAAAGAUAAACUGGCUUUCUGUCGUCUGUAUAGUUUUGUUCAACUUGUUUUUUGCUUUGGCUUGGGCUCCAGUACCUUGGCUUAUCAUGUCAGAGAUAUUUCCCACACAAGCUCGAGGACUGUGCACUAGUCUGGCAACCAUUGCGAACUGGCUGGCACUAUUUAUUGUUACCAAGACGUAUAACAUCAUGCAGACGUCAAUGACCAUUCAGGGAACGUAUUGGUUCUUUGGAGGAUGUUCCAUUCUUGGUUUUGUCUUUGUUUAUAUGGCUAUGCCGGAAACUAAAGGAAAAACCCUAAAAGAAAUCGAGGCUAUUUUUAGUAAAAGGGUAAAUGAUCUACCACAGUAA